AGUAUAUUUGGUUGGCGUUAUCGCCAGUAGAUUUUUACCCUUUCCACUUGCGGCCAUACUGCAGAGAAGAAGCAGCAGCGAAUUAGCAAUAACAUUACCCAGCGAAAACGCCCUGAAAACAAUGAGUGUUACGGCAAUUAGAUAGUUUUUAUUUGCACAAAGAUGAGCAGACACAUCUGCACCCGUUGGGCCUUUGACCUGUCCAGCUGGUCACCCACACUGCCCCAACUGAGCCAGGCGGUGGCUCUCGUUCAGCCUGAGGAACGCGUGCGUCUCAUGAAGUUUCACUUUAUCGAUGACUUUCUGUCCUCGCUAAUUGGUCGUCUAUUGAUGCGGAAAUAUGUGAGCACAUGCACCGGAUUGGCCCACCACCAAGUGCAGUUUGCUCGGGAUGUGAGGGGCAAGCCCUACUGGGUGAAGCAGGAGGAUUGCGAGGCGCCGCCGCUCAGCUUCAAUGUCUCCCACCAGGGAAACUUGGUUCUGCUGGCCGGUAUUACUAGCGAAAGUCAAGAUCCCGACUUUGGCAUUGGCACGGAUGUCAUGAAGAUCGAGUACAGCGGGGGCAAGUCCCUGCCGGAAUUCUUUCGGCUGAUGCGGACCAAGUUUUCGGAACACGAAUGGAGGUACAUUGGAAGACCCCAGCACAACGAGCGGUCACAACUAAAGGCUUUCAUGCGGCACUGGUGCUUGAAGGAGGCCUAUGUCAAGGAGCUGGGAGUGGGCAUUACUGUGGACCUGCAGAAGAUCAGCUUCUCCGUGGACACCACCCAUAACCUGGGGGAAGAGGUUUCUCCCCUCAUUGGCACCACCCUGCGUUGUAACGACAAGCCCAUGGACAACUGGCAUUUCGAGGAACACUUGCUGAAGGACGAGUACUGCGCGGCCAUUGCAUUCCGAAAUUGCCAGCCGCAGGAGCAUGGCCGAUUUAAGAUGCUUAAAAUUGAAGAACUUCUUGUGAAGAGCCAGGAAUCAGAGCUUGAAGAAGUGGUUUCCUACUGCCAAAGGGCUUUAGUUAAGCCGCACAAGCGCUCAUAAGAAAUACAUAAUUGUAUUUUUCAAGGAAGAGUGUUUUGAAUCGACUAUAUAAUGAUAUUGCAUUUAUAAUAAGAUUAACUUCCCGUGAGAAGCAAAGAAUGCCUUAUAACAAAUUUAAAGCAUAGGUAUUUAUUCUUUGGAGACUUUUUGAAUUGUGCAAGGAAUCAGAGCAGGAGAAAGUGCUGCCCUAGAGCUCAAAUUAAGUGAUAUCCCAAAGCAGACAAUUGUUAUCCGUAGAAUAAACAUGCAUUUACAUUACUAUUCCAAUAGUUUUGCCCAAAAUCGAAUGACUUGUAA